AUGGGCCUGGUAAGAUGGGCCGCGUAAGCGCUUCUCGUAGUCGCCGCAGCUUCAGGGCGCUCGCCUGGGUGUGCAGCAGGGAUUUGAGGCCGAGCUCCGGGGCAGGAGCAGCAGCAAGGCCGAAGCGGCCCCGGAGGCCUUGCCUGCCGCCACACCCAGCCCGCUUCCCUUAGCGCGGGAAGCCAGAGGCGACUAGGCCUCGGGCAGCUGCGUUUUCUUGGGCCUCCUCGCUGGGGGAGAAGGUAGAGGCCGGCUUGGGGGCCUCGGCCCAGCGUACCUGGGGAAACCUAGCCAAAUGGGCGGGGUUUUAAUUUUAAUAAUAAAAAUAUCAGCACCUUCGCCAGAGGAAGGAGGCGGAAGCGAGAGGCAGAAUAAGAGACCCCGCUCGUCCUCUCAAGAUCCUUGAGGACACCUCGCUCUCCCAAACGAUUCCGACCCGCAUUUUAUGCUUCCCCAUAAAUCUCCCCGCCACUUCUCUCCAGUAGGAGCUGCUCGCCUCGGCCGCCUCCAAAUACCUCCAGGCUCCAAAAAUAAAUCUCAUUUUCCCUCACUGCCUCCUCCUUUCGUCCCCGAUCCCUUGCAUGGGCUUCUGCAUUUCCUCCCUCCGAGAUCCAGGGAUCCUUCGCCGCCCACCGCUCUCAGCCCCCCAGCAGAUUUCUUCCAGCUCUCUCGCUCUUUUCCAGUCAUCCCAGAACUGUAGUCCCAGUAACCCGCUUUCAUUCAUUCAUUCAUUCACCCAUCCAUCCUGCAAACUCCCAAACAUGCCGGCGGAUUCUUCGUUGGCUCUCCUAGCCCGAUCGCCGCCUUCCUUUUUCGCUCCUCCCGGCCAGAUCUUCGCCAUCCUCCCGCCCCCGGGCCCCACUUUUCCCUCCCACUGCCCGGGCGGGAAAGGGGAGGGAUCCGCCGCUGCCCUCCGGGGGGGAAAUAGAGGAAAGCGGCUCUUUAAAAGCGGGGCGGCGCCGGCGCCUGGGAUCCACUCGCCUGCUCGAUCCCUGCCUGGCCGCAUCCGCUCCUGCUCCGUCCAGCUGCGGCACAGCCACCUUCGCUUCCUGCCCAUCCAAGGCACCGGGACCGCGGAUCGCUGUAUGUAUUCCCUUCCCUCUUUAAAAUGUUUGCGGACUUUCUCCUCUUCUCCACCCUCGCUUUUCCGGGGUUGCUCCCCCCCCCCUUGCGCAGGAUGAAACCCUUUCACCAAAGCGUUUUUCUUACCGGACAAAGGGAUCGUUUGAUUUUGAAGGAGGUAUUACCUUGGGUUUCCGUGUAUAUUUCGCCUUUCGUUGAUGUUAAAUUUAAUGGCUUUCCCUGGGAGCUUGCUGUUUAAUCUAAGGCAUACCAGAGAUACUCCCUUUUCAGAAGAAGACUAAGGUUCCCUUUGUCAGGGCGUUUGAAUGACUCUUGUGAGGUUUUUUUUUCAACCGCUUUGCAAUGCUGCUUCCUCUAUCGGUGUGUGGUAUCCCUACAUGUACACACGCAGGAAUUUAAGACUCCAAAUAACUUGAGACUUCAGUUCUUCUGAAAGCAGUUAUUUCAGAAUUGCUCUGAAAUGCUCUCAUUGUCUCCUUACAGAUGCUUGCAUAUAGAUCUAGUGAGUCUGUUUUGGGGGUUUGUUAAAAAUGGGGCUACUCUUUAGAAGUAUUCGAGAAUAAUUUACGGUAUUUUGCACAAAGAUCACUCCACCAGUCUGUGAUCUGUAUAAAUUGAUCUGGAAUAGCUACCACAGCCACUUAAUACUCUCUCUGUGUAAAAUGUGUGCCUUCUGGAAGUCAAUCAGGAGGCAAUUUAUAAGUUGCCACUACUAAUUUUUAACAACACAUCCCAUUUUACUAUACUCAUUCCUGAAGUGUUCUUACUAUAAAUAUUUACUUACAUAUGUAUCCCACCAUUUCUCAAAGCUUCUCAGAACUCUACAUGGAAGUUGCCGUGUUUUAUCCUUAAAGCUACCCUGUUAAGCGAAUUUGACUGAGAGUGACUGACCUGGUGGACUUUGUGACUAGGCAAGCAUUUGAAGCUAGGUUUCUCCAAUUCAGCACUCUUACUAACUCAAGUUCAUAUUGUAGCAAAUGCUUAAAUAAUUAUAGUGGCUCCUGGUCUAUUUCUGGGCCCAGAAUAUUGGUGUCUUACGUUCAGACUGAGGCCUUUGUUGGUUUGGGACUGAGCUCCCUCUGGUACCUGAAAAGACACCUGCCUCCAUAUCAUCCUUUAUGUUCAGAUAUUCUGCCUUCUUCCAGGUACCCUCCCCCCCAUAUUCAAGACAGGGGCUUCUCAGUGGUGGCACCAGAACUAUGGAAUGCCCUUCCCAGAGAGGGGCACUAGGAUGUGCCUGCUGGCUUUUGGCACCAUUGAGGAAUUUUGGACUGAGAGAGCAGCAAUUCCACUAGCAUAGCAGCGAUAUUAUCUUGUCCUUAUAAUUGGUAUAGGAUUGCUCUGCCCAUGUUCUUUUGUUAUAUAGAGUUAGCUCACUAGUUGGGCUCAGCCUCCCUUGCAAUAUAGUGAAUAAUAAUGGACUUAUCUUGAGAUUGCUAUAAGGAUUACAGCUAGACGAGGCAUGUGAAGUGCUUUGAACUCUUGGAAUAAUUAUGCAAAUGUUAUUAGAUAGAUCCAUAAAAUAUUAGCCAUCAUUGUUAGCAUAGGCAUUCCAUACUUUUGAAGCUGCAUUCUCAUGAUUGGAUACAGAGGUAAAAAAGAUAGAAGAUUGUUCUUUUCACUGAUGACAUGUUUUCAAUGAGUCUUUCGCUGGAACAUAUGUUAGCAUGCGCAUGCGUGCACACAUACACAUACACCUUCUCCUGGUAGCAUGAAUAAUUUGAUCAGCAUAAGAAUAUAAUAUAAGAAGAGCUGGAUCAAAUGUAAGACCAGCAUCCUGUUCUCACAGUGAAUGACCAGAUGUCCAUGGAAAGUCUGCAGAUAGGACCCGAGUGCAGCAGCCGUCCCCCCACUUGUGAUUCACAGUACAGUGGUACCUUGGUUCCCGAACUCAAUCUGUUCUGGAAGUCCGUUCGACUUCCAAAACGUUCGCAAACCAAGGCGCGGCUUCUGAUUGGCCCCGGAAACAAUGCCAACAGCUGAAAAGGAUGUUUGGCUUCCAAAAAAACGUUCGCAAACCGGAACACUCACUUUGCGACGUUCAAGAGCCGAUUUGUUUGGGAGCCAAGCCAUUCGGGAACCAAGCUACCACUGUAAUGGUAUUCAAAGGCAUCUUGCCUCUGAUCCUUGAGGUAGUACAUGGCCAUCCUGUCUAGCAGCCAGCAGAAGAGGAUAGUAUCCCUAUCUUGCAUGAAAAGGAGUUGAAGUGGUCUACAGGAAGAAAACUAGAGCUGAUGGAAUUUCAUUGGUGUAGAUAUGCUAAACCAAAUGAUUAGCCAGCAGUGGCAAAAAGCCUCUUGGUUUUAAUGGAAGAUGCAUCUAGCUUGACUUCUAACUUCUGCCUAGGCAAAAUUGUGAUAGACAAAGGAUGGAAGCUGGGAGAGAAAGCGAAUCAAACCAGCCCCAAAACAAAUUGCCUGAAGAAGGAAAACAGAAAUGUUGUAAUUUGAAUGGUUUGGGGCAGCUUCUGAGCGGCUAAGCCACAAGCAAGCACAAGGCAAACCAGUUCUUGAAAUCCUCACAUAUUCGGUUGACUGUCUCUUGCACAACAGACCCCUUUCCUCAUUCCAUCCAAGUUCAAUGAUUCAUUUUCCUCUGCUGGGAAGGGAAAAGAUCCUAUUUCAGAGAGGCUUGUGUGUUUGCCAGUAGCUAAUAACACUAAUAACGGUCACCCAGUGAACUUCAUGGCUAAGUGAGGAUUUGAACCCUGAUCUCUUGGGUAGUAGUCUGACACUCAACCACACUGGCUCUUUUUAUUUCUCUCUGUAAGUCUGAAGAGCUACAAUAACCCAUUGCUAAUAUCACAUCUUGAGAAAGGGGUUGAAUGCUACUGUAAUGUUCGGACCUUUUCUCCAUACUCUCAUCUUGAGCUGCCCAUGUAAGCCUGCCUGGAGUUCUUCUGACAUUCCCCUUGCAAGGUUUGUAACUCAGUCAUCCUCCAGCAAGGCCUCUUGGGAGCAUCAGCUGGUAAUCUUAUUUUGUGGCUACAAUGCAGCUUUUGAAUUUUUCUGUGAAUAUAGGCCCUUCACUCUAGCUGCUGGAGAAGCCUACAGUGUUUAUCCAGGGGAGGAGGACUCGCAAUGUACCAUACUGUAGCUCUUUGCAAAGGCUGGUUUUCAUCUAACAUGCCUGCAUAUUUUUUUUUAAACCACUUGAUUAGCAAGAGACACAACCUCAUUUGUGCCUCUCUUUUACUCCUACCAGUUAUAUGCCUGCCAGAUCUCUCUUAAUUCUGAAAAUUCUUUUGCUCAGUGAUUGUGUCCAGGAGAGACGUUGGGAUUCUGGCGGAGGGAAGAGGGUUGAUAUUGUGCCAGAGGGGCCUCUCAGCACUUUGCAUAGAUGCCUACCUGUGCGUAGGUUUGGAUUGCACAAAUUCAGAGCCUACACACCUUGCACAAAGGCAAGAAUAGAAAUGUGAUGAACAACACAUGAAUGUUGGAUGUGCUGGAGAGGCAGGGUCAGUUGGCAUGAUUGUGAUACCCCACUUUUAUAGGGAAAACCAGCAUUUGCAAGGACCACUGAGUCAGAGACCAAUGGUGCAUUCAGACCCAUCAGAAUACUGACAGAGGACCACAUGGGCAAUUGCCAUAGUGUUGCCUUGUUUCCCUGGCUGGGUAAGGGACAGUUUUAUGACAGCUUGGGCGCCUUCAUACUCCUAGUCUACCAUAAGAAAAAAGAUUAGGAGAGCAGUGUUCACAGAUCUCUGUAGCUGCCAUAGUGCAAGACUUGAUUUCCCCAACGGGGAAACAUACAGUGCUCUUACGGCUGCGGGGUAGAGAAGCAGUAUUUGUGAGCUAUGUGGGUGAGGUAGCCCCCACAAAUACUUGCUUGUGAAGCUGUUUAACGCUUUUCUACAACGGAGACACUUGUGUUUUCACUUGGUCUUGCUAGAAAAAUGUUGCUGUCUUCAUAAUGAUUCACAGAUGUUGUUAAAUGUCUUGCUGAGUUGGCGUAAGCCGGGCUUUAAAAUGCUUCCAAAUGGAGACGGAGAAUGUUUUAUGCCAUAUUUACUGUGAAUAAGUAGGAGCACUUGUAUCCGAAAAUGUUCCUUUUUAAAUUUGUGCGCAAUAUAAGAAUGUGACUGGGUUUUAGUAUUCACAGUAGUUUUAAACUGAACAUUACCCACUUUUUUCUUCUUUCUCACCAGAGCAAUCAUGUUUGAAAUUAAGAAAAUCUGCUGCAUUGGUGCUGGUUAUGUAGGUGGACCAACGUGUUCUGUCAUUGCACAUAUGUGCCCCAAAAUUAAGGUCACUGUUGUUGAUGUCAAUGAAGCUAGAAUCAAUGCAUGGAAUUCUGAUACACUUCCAAUUUAUGAGGUAACUGAAUUUUAAUGCUGCAGUUUUCCAUUCUUACCUUACUAUACUUGUCAUGUCACAUAUCUCUUCCGGGCUGUAUUUCAUUGUUAGAUGUCUCCAAAAAUGUGUGCUUCCUUUACUUUUUUUAUUUUGCUAUCGCUAUUUUUUAAAUGCUAUUGUCAUUAUUAGCAUGUGUAUCCUACUCUUCCUCCAAGGAGUUCAGUCACAACAGUCAAGUGAACUGAGUAGAACGGAGCAAUAGUGACUGACCCAAGGCCACUUAGUGAGCUUCAUGAUGGAAGGGGAAUUUAAUAGUAAUAUAAUAGCAAAAGAGGAGGGCUUGAACAGUGGCUAAGCAGUGAGUCAUAUGUAACACUUCUAAGAGCUUGAAAUCAUUUGUGCCCCUUUAAAGAGGUGCUUAACUUUGCGCUAGGAAACGGAGCACAACCAGCAACAUAUCACAGGAUGUAGUGUGGACUGCUCUCUUUUAGUUGCACAACUAGCAGGAGGGAAACAUAAUUAAAACUGCAGAUGUGGGCACAGACCUGGAAUUCAAAGAAAAAACUCUGGCCUCUUUUUUUAUGUGUAAGAGUCAUAUAACACAUCCACGUCAUUGAAAGGGUUGAGUUCCUCGAUGUGGCUUAGCUCCCCGAGCCAGAAAAGUAACCAAGUUUGUUUGUAGAAGGAACAAGAGACACUCAAUCCUUUUCACUCUAUGAGGCACAAAAUUGAUUUGAAUGUUAAUGGCUGGAAGUUGUUCCAAGUUUACAGGAUUAGAUGCUUCAGGACAGGGCAUUAGAUCUGGUUAUUUUCAGGCUUCCCUAAAGAACAUAACAUUUUACGAAAGAUUAUUCUUUUGCUGAUUAGGGCCUGGGUUUGCCAUUUGAUUAUUUAAAAUGAACAUGCAUUGCACAUCCAGGAAUUGCACAAUUCUGUGAAGAGUCAGCACAUUAUUUCUGACUGUAGAGUGGUGAUUCAAUUUUAUCUACCUCACAAAUGGUUUAUUAAUGGGAAACAUGUCUGUUUCAAGACAUGGGGAAGUGGUUGACACUGACAUCAGAGCAGUGGUUAAUGCUGUUUUAGGGUACACUGGCAGAAGCACAGCCAUGUUUUUCAAUAGGACAUUGAAUUAUUCUUUCUGUUUAGAAAAUUGCCGCAAAUUGUGGCACAGAAUUACACUAAAUGACAUGUUGUUUUAAGUCAGUCUUCAAAAAGGGAUGGGGCACUUAGAAUUCUGAGUUCCUUAAAAUUAUUGAGAUUUAAAGUGUUUCCUUAUUUUUUGAAUUUAUGACCUGAUAGGGUUGCUAUCAAAGGUUGUUGAGCUUUUUUUAAGGAAACUCUUGACAUUGUUGAGCUUCUUUUUACAAAAGCUUGCCUAAAAUCCAGGACAAAGCGUCACCUUUGAAAUCCCAGGGGAAACCAGACCUAUGUCAGCCCUAUGACCUGAAUAUGUAACUCUUAAAACAGCUGCUGGAGUUUAUAGUUCAGGUUGCAUUAAGGGUAAAUAAUGGCAAGUGACCUUUGUUAAAGCCCUGUUUCUCUGAAUGAGUUAAAUUUUAAUCCAGAGUAUGAAGUAUAUAUACUGAGAUGGAUCAGUGGGAACUGGGUAUGCUUCUUAAUACAGUGGUAACUCGGGUUAAGUACUUAAUUUGUUCUAGAGGUCCGUUCUUAACCUGAAACUGUUCUUAACCUGAAGCACCGCUUUAGCUAAUAGGGCCUCCUGCUGCCGUGGCACCGCCAGAGCACGAUUUCUGUUCUCAUCCUGAAGCAAAGUUCUUAACCCGAGGUGCUAUUUCUGGGUUAGCGGAGUCUGUAACCUGAAGGACCUCCGGAACGAAUUCAGUACGUAACCAGAGGUACCACUGUACAUGCCAGACAUUGUGAUUGGGUUUGCACAGAAUACUAAACCAUGUUUUAGGGUUGCAUGUACAAAUUUAUGCAAGCCCAUCAGAGCCUCUGGCUUGACUAGUCGCCUCUCCUCCUCCCACAGAGGCUGGGAGGAACAAUGUGCCCAGGAUUCAGUUUUGCUUUCCCUGAUUCUUGACAUUUUUAUCUGCAGGCCAGAAAUCCUGGUUUAUGAUAAACUCCAGUUAAUUGGAAAACAAACCGACUUCACACCAUGGUUCUGAAGUGGGCUUCUUUACCAAACUAGAGUUUAUUUUGAACAAUGAUUCCUGGUUUGUUCAUGAUCACAAGCCAAGCGUUAGAACAAAAUAUCUUGAUCAAAGGGGUUGGGGGGUCUCUUAUGGGGAAUGCAUGCUGCUUGUUCAGGUAUAAAGCACAUUUUAACCCUUAAAUAACUUGCUGAUAUUUUUCCAGCCAGGGCUAAAAGAAGUGGUAGAAUCCUGCAGAGGAAAGAAUCUCUUUUUUUCUACCAGCAUUGAUGAUGCCAUCAGAGAUGCUGAUCUUGUGUUUAUUUCUGUAAGUAAUUACUUUCCCCCUUGAAUAAUGCUAGGGGCAAGAAUUUUGGGAAGUGGGAGAAAGCAGAGUCUCUUUCUCCAUCUGUCUCAAUAAGCUACUCUCAGCUGGUUGGUUCAUGUUAGGGAGGGAGAGGUUUGCACAGAUAUACAAAAACCUUUCUGCCCUUUUUUGUGAGUUCCACAAGCACAAAUAUAAAUAGUAGCAGCACUGACAAUUUUGUGUGGUGCCUGUAGAUUUAAAUGGUAGAAUAAUUUUGCUUUCAGAUAGUUCUUCCUAGCCGUACCUGAAAAUAUCAAGAUUUAAAUCUGGGACUUUUUGUGUGGAAAACAUGUACUGUACUCCAUCACUGAGUCAUAGCCCAUCCCAUAAAAAGUGUUGGGGGUGAGGAGAGAAUGCCCCGACUGGACUUUGAAAAAUGAAUUGCAAAUCUCAUCUUGCUAACAGAAUGUUCUAGAUAAUCAACAAAUUGGAAAUCAAUGGUCAGAAUUCUUUUGUGUGUUGGGAUUCAGACAAUUCAGCUGCUGAAAUGCACUCCUUUUCAUAAUUUAGAUAAAACGAAUCAAAGGGCAUGGAGAAGGAAAAAGCAAUUUUGCCUCCAGAAUAAAGAUUUCAGAGCACUACAGUUGAAGAGAUGCCAUGAAUGGCCUUUUCAUAAAUUGGGCAUGAGCUUAGGGAUGCUUCUUUAGUAGCUGUGUUGUGAUAGAUGGCUCUGCUAGCUCUUUCAUUCACUGUGCCAGCCAGCAGCUGGAUGAACAAAUGGAAACAGAAAUCUCUCUAUGUUGGAAUGAAUUAUAUCGGCACUUCUUUUUUGUGGAUGCAGCCAUUCACAUAACGAGGAUGCAAGUUGUACCGAGGCCUGUUUUAAACUAUUUUAAACUACUUUUUCUGUGAAGCCUCCCCCCACUCCCCAAACCUGGAAAGGGUUUUCUUCAUUCAAUAAAUUAGGGUGCAUGCACCAUGCACGCUGUGUGACUAUAUGUGUUUCUGUGUUUCUUUGGGAGAGGUAGUCUGUUUCAAGAGAAAAAAAAGAAAAGCAGAGUCCUUAAGCUGAGCAGGUGAGAGAGCUAGUCUGAUCUCAAAGCUCUUGUAGACAUUUGGCUUUGCCACAUAAUCUGCAUUGAGCUGUGCUGAAGAGGCCUCUGGUGGAAUCCCUGAAAAUUCCUCCUUUGAUUGCAGCUUAAUAAAUAUACUCAGGCUGAAUCCCUGCCUGAUGUUAUUCCUCAAACACCAACUGAGAUUGUAGGCUUGAAGGCAAAUACACCACUGUAGUACCUAACAUCUGGACUUUAAUGUAAAUUUGGUUUCCUUAGUUAGCCAAAGUUGAAUGAGAAUUUUACAUUAAUAUGACACCCAAGAAAUGGGAUAUCAACGUUUUUUCAACCUCCUAAAUAAAUGUCCUUUGCUUAUACCUGCAACCAGGUUAAUACCCCAACAAAGACCUAUGGCAUGGGAAAAGGUCGGGCAGCAGAUCUGAAAUACAUUGAGGCGUGUGCGAGACGGAUUGUGCAGAACUCAAACGGAUACAAAAUUGUGACUGAGAAAAGCACCGUCCCUGUCCGUGCUGCGGAAAGCAUUCGUCGUAUAUUUGAUGCCAACACGAAACCUGACUUAAAUUUGCAGGUAAAAUAACCAUUUUGAAUUGAGUGCAUUUUGAUCUCUCUUUUAAUGCAUUUGGGGUUGGACUAGAUAACCCUAGGGGUGUCCCUUCCAACUUUAUCAUUCUGUGAUUCAGAUCAGUCUUUGGUCUUUGUGUGCAGGUUCUGUCUAACCCAGAAUUCCUAGCUGAAGGCACAGCAAUCAAAGACCUGAAGAAUCCAGACCGUGUGCUGAUUGGUGGAGAUGAGACGCCCGAGGGUCAGAAAGCAGUUCGCGCUCUGUGUGCUGUCUAUGAGCAGUGGGUGCCCAAAGAGAAAAUCCUUACAACCAACACUUGGUCAUCUGAACUUUCCAAACUGGUUGGUAUCCUUCGAAAUUCUGACAUCAACAAAGUAGAGAAAGUAUGAAGUAUCGGCUUAGCAGUGUUAGAUCUUUGGUAUUUUGUUAGCUUCUGAAAAGCGCUGUUACAAAAUAUCAGAGAAGAACCAAGUUUCAUCUGUCUGUUUCCACAAAAAGGCUUUCAAACUGCACCACUGAUUCAUACUCCCAAGGCAUCAUACAAAGGUUGAUGGCAUCUGGGCAAUAUUUACAUGGUGUGAUUGUCAGUAGCAUGUUGAUCCCAAGUCCUCAGCUGCUUUAUCCAAGGCGGUGUGGCCCACUGGUCAGAUCAGGGUAGCUAAGUCAGUAGCAGCCAGAGGCUCCCUAGGACUACCCAGGACCUUAGUAGUAGCAGAGCAGCCCAUGUGAACAAGCCUUGAAACUGCUGCCUUGGCUUGGGAAAAUCCCACUGCUAUUUACAGUCAAACCUCGGUUCCUGAACACCUCCAUGUUGGAAUGUUUCGGCUCCUGAAUGCCAAAACCCCGGAAGUAACUGCUCUGGUUUUCAAAUGAUUUUCAGAAGCCGAACAUGCAACAUGGCUUCUGUUUUGAGUGUCCCUAUUGUAUUGAGGCUUCUGCUUUCAGUUUGCGGUUUGUCAAACAUUUCAGAAAUUGAACCGUCUUCCAGAACAGAUUACGUUUGACAACCGAGGUGUGAUUGUACCUUAAGGCUGAUUUUGCUGAUUGAGCACAAACUACCUGCCUUCAUCAGAAGAAUUUUGCAACAAGCCCUAUUUCAUUUUGGUGGGGAUAGACAGUGCCUAUUAGAAAACCUAAAGCAAAUUAAAUUCAACACCAGGUGGGUUUAUAAAGGAAGAAAUCUGAAACAAGGGGCCUGUCACUGGCUCUCGUGGCUUUAGAAGUAAACUUUGGCAAUCAGUAUCUCAGAAUCCUAAUUUCUUUGUCCAGUGCCAAGUUACACUAUCAGGUAAUGCGAUAAGACAUAUGUGCCUCUGGUAUUGAGGAAUUGUGUGGGGGACUGUGGUUCUGAUAAAGAAGUCAUUAUGCUCCUAUAAAGUAGCUAUGUUCUAACAUUGAUGUAAUAUAAUAAAUAGCUUUGCUAACAAAGAUAUAUGGAUUUUCUAGGACCCACUUUCUAACAUUCUGUUCCCAUAAUAGAUGUAUUGUCAUACUUAAUCUGUCGUCCGCCAUUCAUUUCAGCAGAAAGUAACAUUCUGAGGUUGUUUUCUUGUUUCUUUUUCAUCUCCAGGCAGCUAAUGCUUUCCUCGCCCAGAGAAUCAGCAGUAUCAACUCCAUAAGUGCUCUUUGCGAGGCAACAGGUGCGGACGUUGAAGAAGUUGCAAGAGCCAUUGGAAUGGACCAAAGGAUUGGAAAUAAAUUUCUGAAAGCCAGUGUUGGUAAAUGCUCUCUCUCUUUCUAUCUUGGUUGUGACUUUUGGCAAUAUGGUGUUAAGACAACAGGCCUUUCUAAAUAUGAGUUUUGUGGCAUUCUUAAGUCUGGUCUUCAACCCAGAUUUUUCUCAAUAACAGUUGCCAAUUUUUUUUGACGUUUUCCAAAUGUGUAAUUCCUUUUUUGACUCUAGCUACAGAAUCCUGCUUAUUUUAACAGGACAUAGAAUGUUCUCAGGAGAGAAACUUCUUAAGCAUAUUCAUUUAUUUGGAAGGCUCUUAAAACUGGUCAGCAUUGAUCCUGAAGCAAAUAAGUUUUUUGGUUAGCUAUCACUGGAUAUAAAGAUACCCAUCAGGUGUUUUUAAGGUUGCAAACACCUGGGAAUAAGUUCUAUUGAACUCUUUAGGGGUGUGCGUCUCAUUAAAUGUACCUAGGAUCAGAGUGCACAAAGAGAAAUCAUACAGGUGGAGUAAUGAGUUUCCUCCUCCCCCAUACAGGAUUUGGUGGGAGCUGUUUUCAAAAAGAUGUUCUGAAUUUGGUUUAUCUCUGUGAGGCUCUGAACUUGUCAGAAGUCGCUCGUUACUGGCAACAGGUAAGAAUGUAUGGAGUGGAAAUUAAAUCUCUUAAUAAUUAAUAUAAUUAUUCUCCUACCUUGUUAGCAAGAGUUUUGUUAGAACUGAGAAUAGCAUCUAUUUUCACAUCACUAAUACAUUUGUUAAUACCUCUUUUGCUGCUUUUCAGAACCAAAUUAUUAAUCACUUUUGAGUCCCAAUUGGGAAGAAAACCUACUUUCAAAUAUAGCAACAAGUUUUCAUUCAUUUAUAUAGCUUUGGGAUUGAGUGACAGUCUUACAUCAAAUACAUUGCUUGGAAAUAAGUCCUAUUGAACCCAACAGGGCACUGCACAGUAAGGACCUGGAUGAGCACUUUGGGCAUAUUGGACCAGUCUUUUAGGCAGGAAGGAAACUACCCAGGGGAAGCAAGUAGCUGGAGUGCCCGUAGAGAAUUUGUGGAUUUGGCAAUGGGUUCUAUAAUUCUAUAAAGUAAAAAUCCAGAGUUACAAAGUUCAGGGUUAGCAGGAAGAAGGAGAAGCCAGUAUACAACAGAAUCUGCACCAGCAAUUGCUUAGGGUGAAGCUGACAACCUAAUCAGUCUGCCUCACCCAACUACAAAAGUAGUCCCGGAAAUUGAUCUCACAAAAUGCGCCUAGUUCUGAUUCUUUCUGAAAGUCAGACUGCCCAGAGGGUAGGAUAUAGGCCACUAGUGAUCCAUUUUUUCCCACUUGCAGAAAUUGGUAGGGAGGAGGAAGCUAGGGCCCCAGGAAAUUUGACCUCUUGGUGUGGAAUGGGCCUCUGGCACUGGGGAGGAAGCAGAUUUCUACAACCAAAGGUCCUACAGGCUUGAAAUAAUCACAAGAUUGGCUUUUUCUCCUAUUGGGUUCAGAAAUUAACUAGCCUCAUUGGCCUUUUCAUUGUUAUUUUUUAAGAGCAUGGGUUGGAUCCAGACUAUUAGUUGAACUUAAGUCACAUUGAAAUCAGCGACACAGGUUAGUCAUGAUUUAACUGCUCUCAUUCAAAUCUAUAGGACAUAAGUGCAACUAACUGAAGACUAGGUCCAGCCUCCUGCUUCUAAGCCAUGUUGUAGAGAAACAUUUGAAAAUGCUGAGUGAUGAAGAGUGGGAGUUUGGUGGUCAUUUCUGCUACCUGGAUCCCCAUCAUGGCCUUCUGUGAUCAAAUCAGAAUAGCUGCUUUGCUGCCGUGAUAUUGCUCCUUACUUUAAAAUAGCCAUUUUAGACCAAAUAUGACUAGGAAGAAUAUGUACAUUGAUGCAGAAUAAGCACAUGUGUACAUGUAAUUGAUCUGCAUGCAUUUUCUUUAUCCUUUGGCAUUUGAGAUCCUGCGCACUCCUUUUAUCAAGCGCAGACUCAUGGAAAUUACUACUAACAUUGCAUUACCAUUGAUAUAGAUUCAGGUAGGUAGCCAUGUUGGUCUGAUGCAGUUGAAAUAUAACUGAAGAAGCGUGCAUGCGCACGAAAGCUUAUACCAAGAACAAACUUAAUUGGUCUCCAAGGUGCUACUGGACAUUUUUUUUAUAUAUUACCAUUGAUGUGGCUCUCUGCAUCCAAUCCAAUUGUAGGUGAUCGACAUGAACGACUAUCAGAGGAGAAGAUUUGCUUCUCGGAUCAUUGACAGCUUAUUUAACACUGUCACCGACAAGAAGAUUGCUAUUUUGGGAUUUGCAUUCAAGAAAGACACCGGAGACACAAGGUAACACAAAGUGAGCUCAAGCCGCAGUUGUAAAAGUUACCUGUUCUCUGAGCUACUUCAUGCCAUGAGCCAAAAUAGACCCAACCUGCGUUCAGAGGAAAACAGGACACUGUUCCCAAAAUAAAUGCCAAAGAUUAUACCCUAAGGUGUUGCACUGAUAUAAAGCUUCCAUCAGCAGAGUGAAGAGGGGAGCUGUUUUCAGCACAUUCCCUAAAUUUGCUCCAGAAGAAAGCCCUUGAGGAAGAUUUGGGUGAGUGGGUGUGCUCAGGGGGCUGUUGGAGGGAGGGGAAACUGCUGGAGACAGCUGCUUUCCAUUCUGCUGACAGAAGUCUCUCCCCCCCCUCCCCCCCCGUGGAGCAACACUGUUGCAUACAACCUCAAUAACUUGUUUAUUAUUGCAGCAUUAUUGCCCAUCUUUCUAUUCAAAAGGCUCUUUGUUUUUGAAUGAGGUCUCUUUAACAGUCUUGCUGCAUUACCUAUGGACAUUCUCAGUUGCAUGAACUUUAAAAUCUCUUUUCCAAGCAGCGAUGUAGCUUAUGGAGAGGAGAACUCCACAGGUAAAGGAAUGAGCCUCUGCUUCUCCCACUGAUUCACUGGAGGGGAAACCCUUGCAUGUUGGGGAACUCCUCUGCCAGUUCUGAAAACAUUAGAUGGGGCAUGUGGGACUGUGCCACAAUGGGGAAUGGCAGUUACCUGGGAUGCUCCAGUGUACCAUGUCCCAAGGAGAGAGGGUUGUGCUCACCAACUUUCUCUCCCUGACCCUGACCCUCGAUUGGUUGAGUCAGGGAAUUCCCCCUCUUUCCUCCCAUCUUCUGGCCCUCACUUCUGACUCUAGAGAGAGUUGUGCAGUUGGCGCAUGUUGCAACAAGCUUGUGCCUUGAGACACAGGUUUCUCUGAAUCUGAGUUUCUCCCUAAAGGGGGCAAUUUGCAGGAAACGGUUGCUAAAUUCUCACAGGCCCAUUGAUCUCCUGUGACCCAUUUGCCUUUGGGGUUUUCUUGCAGCCACUUACCCAUGCCCCCUGGGCAGUCUCCCGCCUCUUUGGCCCACCCAUCAAUCAUCCCAGUAACCCAGAGGGAUAUGUUGCAUAGAGAUUCCCAAAAAUGGGGAGAGGUUCCGACUCAAGGUGGAAAUUCUGCCCUAUUAAAGAGGGGUUUUUUCUGGCCAGAAUUCCAAGAACUACACAACUAGUUCCUUGUGCCCUAGGACUUGUCUUAAACAGUAGCCCACUCCUGCAGACACUUGUGCAAACUGCUUUUGAAACCAAGGUGACUUUUAGAAGUAAUUUGUGCUAUGGCAUGGAGCUGGGUUGCUUUUUAAAGAAAAUAACAAGAUUUAAAAAUCCCACUAGGUAUGUCCAAGCCCUAGGUGCCCGUGAAAGUACUUUUUGCAUUCUGCUCUUUGUAGGUUCUAUCUUUAUGGGUUCAAAAUGUCAUCUAUAGGACUCUGAGAACUAGAAACUUUCUUGUUAUAACAUGAAAAAAAGAAAGCUGUGAUAGUUAAGAAUGGGAAUUCUGUGGCAGACACCAGUUUCUAGUGAACAAAAGGGUAACUUUCCUGGUUUUGAGAUCAUGAUACAAGCCAGGUAAUUGGAUAACAAGUUAUCUGAUAGGAUAGAUAAUUUCCCCUUGACCUGUUAAAUUGAUGGAAGUUUCUUAUUUACCCGAGCUUAGCUUAUUUGGAGCUCUGAUUUAUCUGCCCAGCAAUUGUUCUUGGCUUGUGGUGAGUUCAAUGCACAUUUAAAGCUGACUGUGCAGACAGAUGUUCAUCCAGUUGCUCAGUAGUGCAGCUUGAUUGAGGUUUAGUGCUACAGACCUCACAAAAGAUCAAAAACCAGUCUGAUGGGGCAACGGACCAUACAGUGGAAGCUUAACUGUGUAUCCAGUUGUAAUGCAGUGAAAAACAGAUUUUGGUCAUAUAAACAGGUGACGUGGAAGAUCAGAUUUGGCGCAAGUUAAAAGGGGGUUUAAUUAAGGCUCAUGUUAAGACAGUGGAAUAUUAUGAGAGAGAGAGGGGGAGACACAGAAGAGGAGGGAGUUGUAUUUUUUAAAAAAUGUUCUGGAGACACUGGCUCUAAUAUAAUAUAGUUUCUGUAUAAUCUGCAGCUAAUUUGCCAUCUGAUAACUUCUUUUCUAGUUACCUUUGGCCUGGAGUGGCCCUUCUCUGUUUAUGGCUUUAGGAUUAACAGAGUAAGCCAAGGCCAUGACUCAGCAGUAAUUCCCUGAUUUUACCGUCUGAGUUGACAAAAACUCUGUUAACCACAGAUUUUAAGAGGAAAAGAUGGCAUUUUUUUGAGACCUUUACAGUGCAGAAUGGCAAGCUUGGAAAAAUGUUGCGGCAAGGUGGGAAAAGCUGCUGAAAAGCUGUGUUUCGUUUCUAUUCCUUGUUUAUUCAUUUGGUUUUGCUAGUAGCAAAACCUUACAAUAUAAGACUUACUCUUGCAAGAUAAGACUAUGACAACAAGGGACACUGUUUCCCCAGGUUUGUCCGAUCAUGAUGAACAUGCAAAUUAUUUGAUCUCCGGGAGGCUUCAGAUGCCAGAUUUAUAGUGCUAGCCUUUGUCUGUUUACUUGGAAAUUAAGUUUCACUGUGUUCAAGGGGACUUACUCUUUAGUAAGUUAAGAUCCUGUAGGACACCAACUACCUCCUGCCCACUUGCAUUCCACAAAUCACAUUGCAGCUUGUUCAUGAAGGCUUCUCAGUAAAAAGUUGAUGGGUUGUUGUUUUUUUCUGUAGAGAGUCCUCCAGCAUCUACAUCAGCAAGUAUUUAAUGGAUGAAGGAGCGAAACUUCAUAUCUACGACCCUAAAGUGCUAAAGGAACAAAUCAUUCUAGAUCUUUCUCAUCCAGGUGUAUCUGAGGAUGAUCAAGGUGAGUGGGGCUUGCUUUUUACAAGCAUCUCCAGCUCUGAGGGCAUAGGCUUGUCUGUACAAUAAAAACAAGCUACUCUUCUUCUUCUUCUUUGGUGAUCACUCGUAGCUGAUUGUCUUCCAUGAACACAGUCAACAGCAAGUCCGUAAGUGACUGUGGAGGCUAAUUCUGGAUCCACACGUCCUUCCACAGUGGGGACAUAGGUUUCUGGGUGGGAGCUGAUCACAGGUGAGGGUUUGCCAAGCAUGCCUUCCUCUUAGCACGUUUCUCCUUUUCACCCCGAGUUCGUGCUUCUUCGAAGUCCAUGACACCUCUGGUAAAGGCUGUUUUCCAACUGGAGCGCUCACAGGCCAGUGUUUCCCAGUUAUCAGUGGGAAACCCUUAAAAACAGUAGCAUAACCUAGAGCAUGUUCCUCCUUCCAUCUAGUGCAGGACAUUUUGGAGUAUAGCUAUUUAAGAGUCAGAACUGAAGAACACCGAUGUGUCCCUUGCAAGAGGUAGUUUCACAGGACUGAGGCAUAAACUGGAAAACUCCUGUUCCUUACUGCCAACAACUCAAAUGCUCAAACGGAACAGACCUCCCAUUGAUAACCAUAAAAGUUAAUUAAAGUUUAGUUUGACAAAACUGCAGGAUGCAGUGGAAGACAGGAGUGCCUGGCGUGCUCUGGUCCAAGGGGUCACGAAGAGUCGGACACGACUAAACAACAACAGCAACAACUAAUUAAAGUUGUAUGUAGGCUGUGUAUCUGUGGAAAGUGGGGUCAGGGCAGUUCAUAGUAUGGUAUGUGGGGUCCAGAGAAUCUCUCUUUUUUUCUUCUUCUUCUUCUUCUUUUAGUUUUAAAGCACGUUUCUAUCCCUCAUCACUAUACAGUUGUGCUUGAUAGUGUAUAGGAAAUGUCUGGUGAAAUGCUGGGUGUCAGAGGAGUUGCUGAAUAAGAUUUUCAGCACUUGAGGUGUGUUGCAGCCAAAAUUCAGCCAUUCUCAGUACUCAGCUUUAGUUACUGAUUUAUUAGUACAGAGUACACAGAGUCCUGACUGUAACUGCAUACUGAAGUAUAAUAGCAGAGAUCGCAAGCUAUUGCCCAGUCAAAGUCCUUUAUGCUUUCUAAGUGCAGAAUAAUCCUAGGCUGUCACUGUACUACGACUAGAAAGAUGGUGCUGCUGAACUGGUGGGACAGCUGCCGCCACAAGUGUGUGCUCAGCCUGGAAAAGGAGGGGCAAAAUGCACAACUAGCAAAUGCACAUGGCAGGGAAACAACAGGCAUAUCCCCAGUGUCCCUGGAAACUGCCAGUGCCCACCAGUCGGGGACUGUCCUACUGCCAAUAUCCAGCUACUGCCCAUACAUUGGGUGGGUGGGGUCAAUGAAUUCUCCACAACUGAUACAUACACGCCAGCAUCAACACAUAAGCAUCACACAGGAUCAUACUGCGAUGCCUCCAUUCCAUCAGCCCCAAUGGCACAGUAACCAACAAGCCCAGCUGCUCCCAGUCCCCAGGCAGCCCUCCAGGCAGGGGUGUGGAGCUCCUCCUAUGCCUUUACCACCUCUGCUUUCAAGCCCAAAGGGGGGAGGAAGAAUCACCACCCAACACCCACGUAGUUUCCUGGCCGGUAUGCCUUCAGACAUCACACACAGCCGUCCUGGGCCAAGAGUUCAAGAGCAGCCUGUGGAAUGGUUGGCAGCAUGUUCCAUCAGUGCAUCUGAAGCCUAUCCAUCACAGCAGCGAGAUGAGCGCCACACACCAUAGUCAAAUUUGACUGGAAUUAAUUGUCCAGGGGUCCUUUACAGCAGCGGUGUAUCUGGCCUUGAUUUAAAACGUUUUCAUCCUCUCCUUCAGCCAGAAAAGCCUCCCUAAGUGGCUUACACGGGUCAUUGUGGUUUGUUUUUGCCAGCAACAUAGAUCCUGUGCCGGCAAAUCUUUGGCAUAAAAUGGUGCCACAAAUCUCUCGUUGAAAUCAAUUCACAGGGAGAAUACUGAAGUGAAGGCCCAAGACAGGUGUUGAUCAUGAUGUGAGCUGUGCACAGGUGGUCUGAAGCGAGCUACCACCAUUCCUGUGGAGCCUCCUUUUAUUGAGACAAAUAUGCAAAUAUGCAAGCCAAAUAUACACUUUGGGCUGUGACCUUUACACAUCUUCCGUCCCGAGAUCGUGGGGUGGUACAAAGCUAUUUUGGCACCUGUUCCACAGCGUCAUUUUCCCCUUGCACAGUGUAUGACGAAUGGAGACAAAAGGUCUCAGGGAAAAGAGGUCACAGACAGGACACCGCUAACUGCUGAGACCGCAAAAGGUCAGACAUAGGUGGAACGAUGUACCAGACAGCUUUUGGCUUGUCUGAGGGGGGGGGGUUUCCCUGCACCCCAGGGUCAUGUGUACAGGCAGACUAUGGCUGCCUGCUGGUGGAAAGUGUGCUCCCUCCAGACCCCACUGUCCACUCGGCGAUAUCCCUACAGAAUACUAUGAAGAUGAUGUACAGAUGGCAUCAAACCCUGGCAAAACUUGCCAAAAUGUAUAAAAACAGAUCACCCCUGUGUUGGAGAUGUAAAAAAGAGAAAGGGUCCUGUCUACACAUGUGGUGGAAUUGUAUAGAAAUCCAUGAAUUCUGGAAUAUAUACAAGGAACUCAAAAAACUACUUUAACUUACUUUAAAAAAAAGACCGGAAAUUUUCCUCCUAAGCAUGCUGCCAAAGGAACUUGGAAAAUCAAAAAGACCAUUGACCAUGUAUGGGAUAACAGCUGUCAGAAUAUUAGUGGCAAGAAACUGGAAGAGUCAAUCAGUACCCAGUAUUGUGGAUUGGCAGAAUCUAAUGGUAUAAUACCUGCAGCUAGCAAAGAUGACAGAAAGAGAGGUCAGACAAAACAGAGAGACUAUAAGGAACGGAGAAUAUAUAAAGAAUACUUAGAAAAUUAUGGUGUAAACAGAAAUCUGGCAGAAUUAGACUGAUCCUUGAAAUUUAUAAAAGGUAACUGAGGUAUAAUGAAAAAUCACAAGAAACGGGUAACUGCGGUAUAAUGUACCGUAUUUUUCGCUCUAUAACGCACCCAACCAUAACACGCACGUAGUUUUUAGAGGAGGAAAACAAGAAAAAAAAAUUCUAAACGAAACAGUGGAUGUAUGAUUUUUGUGGUUCAUGCUGUGGCCACAGACAUGUGAUCUGACAGUGAGUUUGGAGUAGCCCAAUACAAAAAUCCUGAGGAUCCAUGUGGAUCCAUGCUUUGUAACCAUGUUUUUGCACCACUGCGGCCCCAGGCAACAGUGGGUGCAUGAUUUUUUUCGUGCAAGAUGUAGCCAUGGACAUGCUAUGUGAUCUGAUGGUGAAUUUGGGGUGACCCAGUACAAAAAUCCUGAGGAUCCAUGUGGAUCCGUGCUUUGUAACCACGUUUUAAGUGGGGAGGGAAGGAAAAGCACUCAAGGGACAAGGAGCACGCGUGGGGUGUGUGGAGAAGGAUGCUGCUAAUAAUGCAGAAGAGGGGUUUAAGGGGAGAAGGAACAUGCGUGGGGUGGGUAGAGAAGGAUGCUGCUAAUAAUGCAGGAGAGGGCAUUAAGGGGAGAAGGCUCCUCUCCUCUCCCGCUUUGCUCCUUUAAAGCAAGCAGGCUCUGCUUUUCUCCCUCCUCCCCGCUCAUCCCCGGCUUAGCGAGCUGAAAAACUUUGCUGCUAUGUAGUGAGCUGAGUGGGGAGGAGAGAGGGACAGAGAGCCUGCUUGGUUUAAAGGAACCAACCAGACAAGAGCUGCUUACACGAGUGUAAGCAGCUCCUCUCCUCUCCCGCUUUGCUCCUUUAAAGAAGCAGGCUCUCUGUCCCUCUCUCCUCCCCACUCAGCGGCUCUUCUCCCGCUUUGCUGUUUCAAAGCGAGCCAUGGAGGAGGGAAGGAAGGGGAACAUGGAUCCUCUGCUCACAACUGCAGCAGAUCCCCCCGCCACCCGUAGGCAUUCCCUCCAUAACACGCACAGACAUUUCCCCUUACUUUCUGAGAGAAAAAAAGUGAGUGUUAUGGUGCAAAAAAUACAGUAUAUAACAGAUAUAGUACAAUUAGAAUACUUGGAAGUCUUUUUAAAUGUUUGCAGCACUUUUUGUUUCUAAUUAUUUGUUUCUAAUUAUCUAAUUAAGUAUUAACAAAAUACUUAAUGUUGAGGAAUUCCAUAAUUACAUGUUUUUUCCCCCUUGAUUUUUAUACCCUUGUCCUUAUCUUGCGUUUUUCUUCUUUCUUUCCUUCUUUCCUUUCUUUCUUUUUCUUUUUUUCUUAUGAUGUAAGCUUGUAAUGGCAAAUACUGUAUGGAUGUAUUCAUUUUAACUCAAUAAAGAUUGACUAAAAAAAAAUGAAAUCAAUUCACAGUCCUGCUGUUUCUCUCCCUCCCUGCUCCUUACAGUGUCUCGACUGGUCACCAUUAGCAAAGACCCGUAUGAAGCCUGUGAUGGAGCCCAUGCCCUAGUUAUCUGCACCGAGUGGGACAUGUUUAAGGUAAACAGAAUGUCAUUUAGCAACAUUCAGAAGAAUCAGGGCUAGCAGCUGCCAUCCCUGAAACAGUCUCUGAGUAGUUGGGGUUUUUUUAUAUAUGUAUAUAGGAGCUGGAUUACGAGCGAAUUCACAAAAAGAUGUUGAAGCCAGCGUUCAUCUUUGAUGGCAGAAGAGUCCUUGAUGACCUUCAUAAUGAAUUGCAGGGCAUUGGCUUCCAGGUAAGUUUUGCUUUUGCCCAUCCACUAAUUCACAUUAAAAUCCUUGUAUGGUUUUAGAGGGAAGCAGAGCAAGGUUUUAUGCAAUCCCUACACCAUCAUGGCCUCUUUUGGUAUUAAUCUGAGAGUGCUGCAUAUUUUCUAGGUUUCAUAGAAUCAUACAGUUGGCAGGGACCUUGGGGGUCAUCUAGACCAACCCCCUGCAAUGUGGGAAUCUCCACUAAAGCAUCCAUGACAGACAGCCAUCCAGCCUCCAAUGAAGGAGAGUCCACCACCUUCCAAGGGAGUCCAUCCACUGUCGGAACAGUUCUUACCAUCAGAAAGUUAUUCCUGAUGUUUAUUUGGAAUCUCCUUUCUUGUAACUUGAAGCCAUAUGAUAGGUCAGAGCAUAGAAAUGCUUACCCGUGUUGUUCCAGGCAGGUAUUGGUUUGUAGGAUGUUGGUGGGCCUGGACAGUAUCUUGGGCAAUGCAUACCUUAGGCUGCAUACUGUGGUGGCGCCUUGGGCCAUGCCAGAGCCUUCAGCAGCAGUGCAUGACUUUUAUCUGUGGAGAUACCUUUGCACAAGCCUUGAGUCAUCCCUGGAUGUAGCUAAGUUACUUGGUCUAAACCACUUAGCCUCUUGAGCUUGCCAAUCAGAAGGUUGGUGGUUUGAAUCCCUGUGGCGGAGUGAGCUCCUGUUGCUCUGUCCCAGUUCCUGCCAACCUAGCAGUUCAAAAGCAUGCCAGUGCAAGUAGAUAAAUAGGUAUCCCUGCGGCGGGAAGGUAAACGGUGUUUCUGUACACUCUGACUUCUGUCACGGUGUCCCAUUGCGCAAGAAGUGGUUUAGUCAUGCUGGCCACAUGACCCAGAAAGCUGUCUGUGGACAAACACCAACUCCCUUGGCCUAAAAGCAAGAUGAGCGCCACAACCCUACAGUCACCUUUGACUGGACUUAACCAUCUAGGGGUCCUUUACCUUACCAUGAACUUGCAUGCUUUUGUCCUAAAAAUUGCCAAUAUUCUGAGUUACUGUAAGCGGGGAGACCAGCUCGCAAGGCUUUUGUCCAGAUCAAAUUGGCUAGAAACCCGGGUUAUUUAUAAUUUAUUAUCUUAGUUGUUACCGUAUUUUUCGCCCCAUAGGACACACUUUUUCCCCUCCAAAAAUGAAGGGGAAAUGUGUGUGCGUCCUAUGGGGCGAAUGCAGGCUUUCGCUGAAGCCUGGAGAGCGAGAGGCCUCGGUGCGCACCGACCCCUCUCGCUCUCCAGGCUUCAGGAAGCUAUCUGCAAGCCUUGCAAGCCCGGCGGGAGUUCCCGCGGGCUCCCAAGGCUUGCGGGCAGCAGCCUGCAGCCCCGGCGAGGUCCCGCCGGGCGCGCUAGGCUUGGGGCGGCAGCCUGCAGCCCGAAGCACGCGGAGCCCUCCAGAGGGUGCCCCAUGCUUCGGGCAGGUGUGCGCAUACUUGGGGCGGCAGCCGCAGCGGGGGGGGGGGUUUAAAAUUCAUUUCCCCCCCCAAAAAACGAGGUGCAUCCUAUGGGCCGGUGCGCCCUAUAGGACGAAAAAUACGGUAAAUUUCUAUACUGCCCUUCAUCCAAGGAUCACAUGUUCUUUCAAUAUAAAAGCACAAUCUGGAGAUCAUAUUCCUGUCUUAGGUGUGCCUGCUUGAUUUGGGGUGAACCAUUGCCUGCAUUACGUAGGUCGAUCUGACGUGCAUGGUCCUGAUUUUGGGUGAGGGACAGAAGUAAAUUGUCUUUAGUUCCCUCAUUAUACCAUUGUAAGGAUCUUAAUACACCUAGUGAGAAUGAGAACCAGCCUAAGGCGUUCAUACAUCCUCCCUGUCUUUGCAACAUUUAUCUGGCAUAGAAGGCAAUAGUUGUGGAAUAUUCUGGUUCAGAUAUCUGAAGGAAAGAUGUCCCUGAACUCUAGAUAUUGAAACCUUUCUGUAGCACUAGCAACAUAAAGGAUAAGGGAAUUCCUACGUUUUAGAAACAAGGGAUCUUCUAUAUGCACUGAUCAGAACCUGGUAGAAACACACAAACCUAGGCAUUUUCUUAGUCUUAGCACAUUAGAGAUGUUGGGGCGGGGAGGGAUGUUUAUACCUGAACUGGCCCAAGAGGACCGUGUGACUUCAGAAGGCACUUGUGAAAUCGUAUUUUGGGAACACCAGCGGUUGUAUACUUUGUCUGACUUAACCUCCCUAUGUUUUGUUCCCUUCAGAUUGAGACAAUUGGGAAGAAGGUGUCGGCAAAAAGGAUUCCGUUUGCUUCUUCAUGUGACAUACCAAAGUUUAGCUUGCAAGAUCCUCCUCUCAAGAAGCCAAGGGUAUAG